CGGAAUAUUUCAAAGAGCUGACAAAAUGUUUGAUAUUUUAAGAUAUCAAAAUAAACCACAUUGUCGAUCGCAAUUGCUAUUUGAUGCAAGUUCCUGGCGGAACUUCAAUGUGUGCGUUAUGGAUGAUUCUGACCCUUUGAAAAGUGUCAACUGGAAUGCACGUAGACAUUCAGUUGCUAAUCGUCGUCACGUUGAACUCGUCGGGUUCUCAGAUACAUUGUCAAAAAUGUACCAUGGCGUGCUUCAUUGCGUUAUGGAACUGUACCGAGAUGACAGAGACUGCCAAAUUUCUUGGCAGCAUUUCAGGAACGCCGCUGAUAAAUUGGCGGAAAUGCACAAAUAUGUGAAGCUAUCUAUACUGAAAGUGUAUGAACUUGGGAUUGUUGAGGGAGCUGCUUCUUUCUCCUCCGAUUUCUUUGACAAAAUCAGGGAUAUGCCAUUGCAAAAUGGAAAUAGGAAUAUCCCAUUCGACUGCAUUCAGCAUUACCUCUCCAGGCCAGAUGACCCACCUCCAAAGUCUUUACGACGUAUCAAACGUGUAGCUGUUCGUCGACGCUCACGGCAUUUACGUAAUGUAGGAGAAAUAAUUGAACACCAUCUUCAUCCAAACAGUGUUACUUCUAAACAGACUGAAUCUGGUUCAUCUUCCUAUGCACAUCAACCUUCAACAUUGGAGUGGGAUGCAAGAAAACAUUCUAAUUGGACCGUUAUACAAAAAACCUCAUCGUGUAUGUCCCUUGAUACAGAAAUCGAUUGUCCUAGUGAGGACAGUGGAACGUCUCUGAGUAGUUGCACUUGCGAUGAUUAUUUAACCGAUACUUCAAAUUCCACUAAUGAAGAGGAUGAUUAAGACCACCUUAUAACUGUGGUAUUUCAACGAUUUUUGGUCAUUUAAUGUUUUACUUGGUCUCUACUAAGUUUUCCUUUUCCCCUGUAUUUAAUAAUCCUCAUGGCUGAGACAUAGUCUUGUGAAUUGUCUGCACAGAUGAAAUAUGUCUAAGUGUUAUUGUCAGUUUGUUUGCUUCUACCUAAAUCUCCUUCAUUAGGUCUUUAGCAAUAGAUUUUUAAAUCUUUAUUUUAGCUUUGGUUAUGUGUUUGUUUUGCUUGGUGUGAGUUCAUACAAGUUUCUAUUUAAAUUUAGUUUUCAAAUAUACAUGAAGUAUUUUGGUUUACUUAAUUAAGACUGACCUUUGUCACAUGUCAUUCUAUCUUAAAGGUUAUUUUUUUAAACAAACUACUACCAUUAGUACAUGUGAACGCAAAACCCACCAAAUCUGAUCCAAUAUUUUGUCAUACUAUUUAUAACAACUUGUGUCAAUUGAUCCUUCCAGUUUUUAUUUUCAACUAAUCAAUAAUUCUCUGAUGUAUAUCUUAUAUAUGUGUACAUUGUGAUAUUCUCUCUAAGAUUCACUUUCUUUGUUCGCACAUAUAUGUAAAAUGUCUUAUUAAUGAGAAAAUCUUGUCAGUCAUUGGUAUUAAACAAUAAAUGCAUUCUGACAUAAUACCAUUAUAAA